AUGGAUGUCAACCAACAAUUUCACAUGAAUGGUGGCAAUGGUGAAACAAGUUAUUCUUCCAACUCCACAUUGCAGAGGAAAGGUGUAGAGAUCACAAAGCCCAUUAUAGAGGAAACCAUAAUAGAGAUUAUUAAUACAAUGUAUUUAGCCUCUCCAGCACCCAAUCUUAGUAAGAGCAUCAGUAUUGCAGAUAUGGAUUGUUCCUCAGGCCCCAAUGCAUUAUUGGUUGUUUCGUACGUCAUGAAUACUGUGUUCAAGACGCUUGUUCGCGAUUUAGGUGGUGUGAGUCGCGCUUCUACACACCCUGAAAUUCUCGUGUUCCUCAAUGAUCUUGCUGGCAAUGAUUUCAACUCAACUUUCAAGUCCUUGCAAGGUUUUUACGAUGAGCUCAAAAAAACCUACAACAGAUUAGGUGGACAUGAGGGUGACCAAAGACAACAGCCAUGUUUUGUUGCAGGAAUCCCUGGGUCAUUUUAUGCCAGACUUUUUCCUGCUGACAGUCUCCAUUUUGUUCACUCUUCUUACAGUCUCCAUUGGUUGUCUCAGGUUCCUCAAGGGAUUGAGAAGAUUAAUAAGGGGAAUGUUUACAUGGUGGAAUCAAGCCCACCAUCUGUAGUUGAAGCAUACUUGAACCAAUUCGAAAGAGAAUUCGAGCUUUUCCUGAAAUGUCGAUCUGAGGAGGUAGUAAAGGGAGGACGAAUGGUGCUAACAACCUCCGGUAGAGCAAAUGAUGUAGGUCCUUGUAGGCUUGUAGCAAAGAACAUUGUUUCGUCUGGGAACUCGUGGCAAACAUUCUCUCUGACAUGCUAUCACAGUAAUCAUGGUUUGAUGCAGCGUAAAAUUGAAGCAGAGAAAUUAGAGUCAUUUCACGUACCUCUUUAUAUACCAUCUUCUUCAGAGGUGAAAUCUAUAAUACUGCGUGAAGGCUCAUUUAUCAUUAAUCGACUAGAGACAUUUGAAGUGACUUUGGACGGUGUUGGUGAUGAUGCGAAGUUAGAUGGAAGGAGCAAUGCUGAUGUUAUGGUGAACAGCCUAAGAGCCAUAUCAGAACCCUUGCUGGCAAGUCGCUUCGGAGUAGAGAUAAUUGAAGAGUUGUUUUGUAGGCUUGGGAUCGUAGUUUAA